CUAUUUAUGGACAUUAUACGAUGGAGAAGUAAAAAUGAAACACAGAGGACAUUCCACUGGCCAAAGUAUGGUUAGCUCUGAUAAUACAAUAUAUUGUUUAACUCUUUUUGUUGAAGCUUGGAAAGAGUUAACUGGAAUGCCAGCAGAAGAUUUCUUUAAGUAUAAUAAGAUCACAGCUUAUGGGGACGAUAAUGUCUUAAGUAGCAAUUGUUUCAACGAUAAAUGGAAUGAAAAUACAUUAUGUGAUUAUUUUGCUAAAAAAGGAGUUAGUUUAAGACUAGAGAAUAAAUCAGAAGGUUUAAAAGGGGUAGAGUUUCUAAGUAAAAUCUAUUCAGAUAGUGAAAAACAAUUAGAGGAAGUUCUUAAAUACGUGCCUGAUUAUACUUGUAAAGUAACUUAUAAACAUAACAGAGAUAAACUUUUAAUGAAAUUUGAUAAUAUUAAAAAGAACCCAAAAAAAAAUAAUACUUAUUUACUUGAACGUAUUGUUGGUUUAGCCAACAACUGUGCUCAUUAUCCGGAUAUUCAUGAAAUUUGUGUCAAAUAUUAUAAUGAAUUAAUAGAAGCUUAUUAUAGCCAUAUGAAAGCAAUAAGAAAGCGAUGUCCUAUAAAAUCGUAUGAAGAAGUAAUGCGUCUACAAUAUGAAUACAGAUAUAAUGAAUUGGUAACUUUAGAUAUGUCUCCAUUUGAACAAUUUAUUCGUGAUGCACGUGCUUUUGUUCAUGAAGUUGAUUUCAAAUGUGAAUUUGUGUUUCAGAAUUAUAAAAAUAUGUUAAAAGUACUCGAUUUAUCUUUAGCUAGAGCAUCAGUAGACACACUAUAUUUCGAUCCGGACAAUCAUCCUAUCUCUGAAAAUUUUUUGAUAGAAUGA